AAAAGAUCUGGCUGCAAUAUAAGUCUGUUUUACAAAACCUUCCAGGGGAUUUAGCAGAAGCUUUUAUUCUUGAAGGAAAGAAGCAUAGAUAUCUUUGAAGGAAACUCUUCCAGUGAACAAAAUGAAAAGCCUCAACUCUGUGCCGUGUUCUUGAAUGGAUGCAAUUAAUAGACUGCUGGAGCACAGCUUCCAAGCCUCCUGACAGAUCCCCGUUCAGACCAUACCAUCGACACCACAGCUCACUCUGAUGGGUUGUUUUAUCUUCAACAGUGGAAAUGUGACUUUGCCUGGGAGGAACCCUUAUACUGUGCAGACCUCUGUGCCUCUAACAAUCCUGGUGGGUAUCCUUAUCCUGCUAACACUGUUUGGUAAUGUCAUGGUAGUAAUUGCUGUGAUGACAAGCCACGUCCUGAGAGCACCUCAGAACUUAUUUUUAGUCUCUCUAGCAUGUGCAGACAUCCUGGUUGCCACUUUAGUGAUGCCAUUCUCUUUAGCGAAUGAACUGAUGGGUUAUUGGUUCUUUGGGAAGGUAUGGUGUGGAAUCUACCUGGCUUUGGAUGUUCUUUUCUGCACAUCAUCCAUUGUUCAUCUGUGUGCAAUAAGCCUGGACAGAUACUGGUCUGUCACACAAGCCAUUGAGUAUAACCUGAGAAGGACACCACUCAGGAUUAAAGGCAAAGUCUGCUUAGUUUGGAUACUGGCAGCUUUCAUUUCAUUUCCUCCGCUUAUCACAGCGAAAAAGGACAAAACAGACAGUCUUGAAUGUGACAUUAAUGGUGAGAAAUGGUACAUCAUAUUCUCCAGUUGUGCUUCCUUCUUUGUACCCUGUGUCAUUAUGAUUACGGUGUAUGUUAGAAUCUACCAGAUUGCCAAGAAAAGAACAAGAGCCCCACCUGGAGAAAGGCAAAGACACAAUGGGAACUCAGAAGACCCAAAGUUCGGUUUGGACACGCUGGAGAGAAAAGACAGAGAACAGAGGGAGGUGAGAGGAGAAGACGGUAAAGAGGCUAAUGAGCUUGAUGUGGAGGAAGAACCCUCCUCUUCCGAUGGGAAUGAAACAAUCCUAUGUUCACUUACGAAGAAGAAGGCUAUGAAAACAGCAAAAGUGACUCAGGUGAAUCCCGGAGAAAGCGCUUCAAAACCACAGCAGGAGUCCCGCGAGAGAGGGAGAAGGUGGAAAGGAAGGCAGUACAGAGAGAAGCGCUUUACAUUUGUUCUGGCUGUAGUCAUGGGAGUGUUUGUUCUCUGCUGGUUCCCCUUUUUUUUCACGUACACGCUCACCGCUGUGUGUGACAAGUGCUGUGUGCCAGAGACCCUGUUCAAAAUGUUCUUCUGGUUAGGUUACUGCAAUAGCUCACUAAACCCCGUCAUAUACACUGUAUUCAAUAAUGACUUCAGGAAAUCCUUUAAAAAGAUCCUUUGUAAAAUGGACAGAAGAGUGUAAUAAAUACUUUUAUGCAUUCAUUUUGAACACUAAAGGGUGUUUGGUCAUACAUUUAUCUGUAAUUGUAACCUUUGGAAAUAUUAGACAAUAUUGAAUAUUUGACAAAGAAAAGGGCAUUUUUUUCUGUUAUAUAUUAAUGUUUUAUUGAUACUAAGUGUUAGUUUUUGUGAUAUUAAAUCAUAAUUAAAUCCAUGAUGUGAAUUUGCUA